CCAUCACAAGCAAUUAUAAAAUCGUUCUGUGUCUUUUUUCUGUUAUUUUUACAUUUGAUUUGAAGUGUCCAAACUCCAAAUUGGUUGAUUAAAUUCCUUCGAUUCAAUAAAAAAAAAGCCGAUAACGUCAGAUUUCUGGGAGUGGAAGAAAGGAAAGAACAUUCUUCCAUUAAGUGCUGCAUCAAGAAGAUCUCCACCAUCAGCUCGGAGGCAGACAGAAAAUUUCCUUUCUUCUGUCCAUGGAGCUUAUAAGAAUGCUAUGAGGGAUUCUCGAUUUCUCCAAGUUGGGUUCAUUUCCGGCGAGCUUCUGUGAAAAAGGGGUCUUGGGUUCGAGGAGGAGCGGGGGGAGAAGUGUAAAUUUCGUAGCCGUGGGGGGACUGAUGAAGGAAUUGUUUGGAAGUCCAGGGAGGGCGAGUGGUUUGGGACUGAGGGUUGGGCAGUUUGUGUUUGCAGCUGCUUCGAUUGGGGUUAUGGUUUCUGCCCAUGGCUUCUUCAACUCUACUGCUUUCUGCUAUCUAAUUGCAUCUAUGGGGCUUCAAGUUCUAUGGAGUUUUGGACUUGCAUGCCUUGAUCUACAUGCACUGAAAUCAAAGAGAAGCCUGCAGAAUCCUGUCUUAGUGAGCCUAUUUGUUGUCGGUGAUUGGGUGACAUCUAUCCUGUCACUUGCAGCAGCAUCGGCAUCAGCAGGAGUCACAAUUUUGUACGCUCGAGACCUGCACUACUGCAAUGCCACACCUCACUUCCCAUGCAAAAGGUUCCAAAUCUCCAUUGCCUUGGCUUUCAUCUCCUGGUUCCUCCUUGCAGUGUCGUCCCAUGUCAUGUUCUGGCUCAUGGCGUCUGUAUGAAGUUUAAAAAUUCAUAAAAGUGUGAUUCAUUUUGUAGCUGUAAAUACAAGUUACUCUGAGCAGCAGAGAAUCCAUCCCCGCUUCCCUCUCUUCUUUGUUCACUCACCUCUCCUUUUUCAGGCCUUACAGCUUGUGUUCAUCACCAUGAAAAGUCGUCCUGGAAAACCCCGUCCCGUUACUGUCUGUCUAUCUCUCAAUUGCAUCAACUCUUAAUGUAUGCGAAGUUUGAGGCUGAGCAGGAAUCGGCAAAUAUUGAUUGGUUUCAAAUUCAUAUGAUAACAUAGGACUUGAAUGGGGGUUGGUUUCUGAUAUAGCAACCUAUCAAGUCUCGGAUAGAUAAGCAGACACUACCC